CUCAACCAGCGCGAUGUGCCGAAGAUCAAGACGUCGGAGGGCACACCGCUGACUGCGAUGUCCGAGGUGAUCGUCGAGAGCCCCACCGAGGACGAUGACGACGACGGCGACGAUUUCGUCCCCGAGCUACCAGGCCUGCACCCGCGCAAGUCUUCCGCCGACCACGCGCAGACGGUGCGCAGGCGCGGGUUGUUCAAGCGGGGCGACACCACCACACCCGUACGCAUCCCCUGACCACACUCGAAUUUCCUCCGCU